UCUGAGAAUGCAGUGGGCAGGGGGACAGGUACAAGCAAGGGGUGAGUUGCUCGAUCUCCCUUACUACCUGCUCCCCCACUGCCUGCCCCCCCUGCAGUGAUGGGAGGGAUGUAUUAAUGAUGACCCUCCAAUAAUUAGAUUCUAUACAUGGAAAAUUAUAAUAGAUUUAUACAUUUUCCAUGUAUAGAGUCUAAUUAUUGAGGGGUCAUCUUAAAUUCAAGGUUGCCUUGGAUUCAAGUGAAUACGGUAGAUAACGUGAGAUUUUUCAGAAAUAAAACACCUUGUGAAUUCCUAUUUCUGAAGACCUUUUCUUUUACUUCUCUGCUUGAUAUGAUAGUGGUUUCCUAUUUCCUGUUUUCUUAUUUGAGUUUUUUCUGGUAAAUUAAUUGUAGGUUUUGAGUCCAGGAAGAUUUUUCAUUUGCAGCGUGACAUUUUUAUGAAGUACAAUAUCCUUCCUUCAACAGGAGAGACUGAUAAAAAAGAUGACUGAGUGACCUUUUUUGAACAUUAUAUUUAGAGGAAUUCAAAAGAUAGAAAAGGCUUUGUCAAAAAAGAUGCCUUAUCUUUUGAUUUUUUAAAUAAAAUUGAAUCAUGCAAACAGUACAGAAAAUUACUGUUAUUACAAGUAAAAGUAAGAUUAUAGAAAUUAUAAAUUUGUCAAUAUAUAUGAAAUGUUUUGGUCUUAUAAGUGCUGUUUUAAUAUGGUUGCCUUUGAAUUAUAUUCAGUUGCGGGAAAAUGAGAACAUCUUUUAAAACGGGAAGAUCAAAAAAUCUUUUAUUUUUCUCAAUACAUUAGAAAAACAGCUUUAAUUUACUGUAUUUUUAAAUUAUAACUCUCUCAAGUGUUUGUUUUCACAAAUAGGAUUUUUUUCUCUUUUAUAGGAAAAUUCCUUGAAAUAUAAAUGUAAGUGGCAUAAUAGUUUUAUCUGAAAUUUUUUUUUAGGAAGUCUUUCCAUUUACAAACUUUGGGUCUGCUGCUUAUGUUUUGGUUUUUUCCGCUGUAGGGGUUGUUAAAAAUAUUUGAUCAGUUUCAGAACAAAUUCUGAGGUGGUUAAAGAUGUAUCUGGAUCCAGUAUGAUCCAUAGAAGUCUAAGUGCCGUGUGGAGCCCAGCUCCAUAGAAAAUGUCUAUGUGGUUAGGAUAGGGCCAAAUAAUAAUUAUGUAAUAAAGUAAAGGCAUGGAUUCUCCUGUGUUUUAUUCCUUGCAAAACCAGAUGUGUAUGUGUUGUGAUUCCACAUAAAUUCCACAGUGGUAUUCCAGCAGUUGCUGUUUGAUCCAGCUACUUAGCCAAAAGUUUGGUGUUGGAUUUGAAUUGAAUAGAACGUGUGUUCUAAUAUGGAACUUGUAGAAAACACUUCCUGACUGCAAUAAAACUCCAUUCAUAAUCCACAUAACCUUGCCAGUAAAAACUUUUAAAGGUCCCUGGAUUUGUAAAUUACAAUGUGAUGUAAGAAACAUUGAAGCAUUCUCACUGGAGUCAUUCUGAUGAUAUCUUCCCCUGUGCAAGAUGCCAUUUGGGAGCUGAAUAUACAGGGCAAGAAAAAGUCUGUGGGGUAUGAUGGGAUAUAAUGCCUUCUUAACUCAGCAUCUGAACUAUUCUAGGAUGUUCAAUCUUUAGUUUGUUCCAUACUUCCCAUAUUGUUCUAAUUAUGGUGCUGUGUUGGUAAAGUACAAUUAGAAUUAUUUCAGUUGCUUCAAAAAUAACUUGAAAAGGCCUACAAAUACUAGGAUCAGAAAUUUUAAAUUCUCACAAGCAAGUUUAAUCUGAAUGAACAGCAGUUCUUUAGCAACAGAUCACACUUAUGCAGACACUGCAAUAGACUUAGAGGUCCUAUUUAAAUAGGCUGACAGUGCUCCAAGAGUUAAAUUCAGUGUAAUGGGAACAAACAGGAUUUAAUGAACAUUAGGCAUGCAUCUCCUCUUAUCACCUAUUUUAGAGAUAAAGAUGGUUACAAAUUCUAUUGCAAGGAAAAUUUCCACUCUCCAUUAGUAUGUGAUUUCCCUUGUGUCCCUUAGUAGCGUUUUAGGAUAAUGCUGGUGUAUACCACUCAUUGCUCCUCUCUUCCUAUUCCUCCUCUGGAAGAAUCUGUCUCCUUAGAUUCUGAUGCUGCUCAGCAUGUGGUAAAAUUUGUCUAUUGUGUAUUUAGCUGUAUUUUAUAGGGGACGUGGAUGUGGGUUAACAUGUAUCACUUCAGUGUAUAAAGCUGCUGAGGGUUUUCUUUCUUGCACUGCAUGAAUAAGGAACGUGUCUUUUUUCUUGUCUUUCUCCCUCUUCAUCCUCAGUGACUUUUUUCAUACUCGUAUUUACUUAUAUACAGGUGCUUCUGUUUUACACUUCCUCUAAUCAUUUAAUUUUUCCACAGUCUUUCUCUGCAAAAACAAAAGCUUGUAAGAAAGUGACAGUGUUGAGAUUUUGUUUUUCAGACGUGGCAUAUUAUAUAAAAAAAAGAAUUGGAUGAUCCUUAUAUAAAGGUUGGAGUGGGUCUAUAAAGUGUCUUGUACAAUCGAGGCUGUUGCCUGGCUCAGCAUGUGCAAUGCUUGGAAGGUGUGUAGUGAGUAAGGCAGGAGGCUGAGGAAAGAGAAAGAAGGCUGUUGCUGGGCACAUUUUUAGGACAGUCUGUCACACGCCAAGCUAACCGGAACCGGCAGGAGCUUACAAAUCUUGGCAUCUGUGCUCCCGGCGAGUUCUGAUCUUCUUGUCUGCAACAAGAUAGCAAGGAAAUCCAUGACCUCUGUGCAGCCCCAUGUAGAUCCAGGAUGCUUGGUUGCUACUGGUAGAGUGUGGAGUAGGGUCUGCAAUUCCAGGAACACAUACUGUGAUCACAAAUGGAGUCCUUUCAUCACCUUGCUGGCAUUUCAAGCAGGGAGCAGACAGCUGGUCAACCUAACCCCAGAGCAGUAGAGUGGAUGCAGGUAAAGAAACAGGAUGUUUCCGGUGUGAAGUAUGCAAUAGCAUUGGGAGGACUGCCAGGAGUGAAAAAGUUUGUGAUUUUAAGCCACGAUAACUUGAUUUUAAAACUUACUGUGGCAGGCACAGAGCCACAAGGAGAGACUUACCUUGGAUGAAGGACGAGCAGAGCUGGCGGGAUGCUGUGCUGAGCUGGGAGCGUGGUGAAAAUGAAACUAUGGAAGGAGACGAUGCCGCAUCAAAGAGAAAAAAAAAAAGGAACCAUGGAGCUGGGAGGAGCCAGGACUGGCUCCCACGCGGGCAUGGGCACGCUUUAUGGUGCUGUGCCGGCGCUGAUUCACUGGCCAGUCCCUUGGAGCCGGGAUAAAAAGCCCAAUGGAAGAGAGGUGCGGGGGGCCAGAAGUAGAUCCCUUGGUGGGGCUCGGUCUUGCUCCGGGCCCACUGGGGAAAGUGGUGGCUGCCCUGGAAAGGGGCACAUAAAGAUAAGCCAAGCCCUAGAGGGCUGAAGGACUCGCCCAAAAAGAUGCCAUUGACUCCAGACAUCUCCAGACAGGAUUGGACCCAGCAGGAACCUGAGGAGAGAAGGAGUGAUAAAUGUCUAUACUACAGCAAGUACAGACCCAAAAGAGGGGGAGAUUUGCUGGGGAGCAAGGUAACCCGGGGUCAGGUAGGAGUUUGGGCCAGACCACAUAUGGCUUGUGAAGAACCAGAUGAGACAACGUCCAAAUCCAGUUAACGUAAUUCAAAGGCCAGGAUAUCAGAGCCUGUUUCGGACUGGACUGAGGAAGCAAGAGAAUAACAUCUUUGGUUGGUGUUAGGUGGGGUGUAGGGCAGGCGGAGCUCCAAACAGGAAGACAGAUGGAAAGAUUAAAGGAAGGGACCAGGAGGCAGGACAUACCAUCUUCCUCCCAAUUAAACUAAUUUUUCCUUCAAGACGUGGCAGGAGAGAACUCCUGAAGACCUUCUGAAUUCUAACCCUCUAAUGAGCUGUUCUCUCCUCAAGCAACGGUGAAACCAGAAAACCCCCUAUGAAUAAUGCAUGCUGGUGAGUGGCACAGGAAAUUGCACUCACCAUAAAUAAUCUUGGCAUUCCAAAAAUGUUAACUUUUCCAGUGGCUAACUCUGUCUUUUAUAUGUUGAUACUAUUAGUGAUGAUGCAAGUUAAUGUCUGAUGAGUGGGGUAGUCCCAAAUAUAUUUUCAUCACCCAGAAAUCAACCGCUACUGAGCAAAGUGUUGAUCUGUACCUUCUAGAUCCCUGGAGUCCAUAGAAAAUGUCUUGCUGGCUUCAAUAAAAACAGUAUUUGGCCUCUUUAGGUAUUCAUCUUUCUUGUCAAAUUAGAUGGACUGUUAAAAUACAUGUCUUGAAUGAUAACAUGUUGAUGAGGAAGAUUGGCUUCCCAGCAUGGGCCCAGAGCAGACUCAGAAAUAUUGGUGUUUUUCACUUUCUUACUUCAGCAAUCUAUUACCAUAAAUGUUAUGAAUUUACAACAUGCCUGUCAUGUCUUAAACGUGAAUGUGAUCAUUUUAAUUUUCUAUUUAAGGACUUGAUACUCUCUAUGAACUUAUUUGAAUUCUGUAAAGGGAUCUGACAGUUCUGAGAGGUGGCAGGGAAGUGGGGACAGACCCCUAUUAUUAUGUCACUUAUAAAAAUGCUAAUGGAAAAACAUGAAGGACAGCAUAAUUAUAGUGUUGCUCCAGCAAUUUUGUAGUUGAGAUUUUCUCCAUAUUUUAAUUAAAAACUACUCAUUUCAAUAGUUUACUUUUAUAAAUCCUCAGCUAAACUUACUCUGAGUUCGUUUGAUUCUACAGGGCACUUGUCCUUUAGCCAAAGGAACAUGCUGGACCUGGGAUCACCCACUUGGAGAUGGGAGGUUGUACAUUGAUGGAUAAGGUUAAAGUGGAAAAUUGUCAUUCCCUGUUUAAGGAAAUAAGAAUAAAUGUGUUAUUAAAGGAGUAGAUAAAAUGCAGUGAAAAAUCCUUUCAGGAAAAGCACAGCAAAUGCCUUGGCAUUUGGUUGAUGGAGGAGAACAGUUGCUAAAUGAGUAAAUGAAACUGGAAGAGGACUGAAUGCAUUCAGUGAGAAAAUGGAUUGUUUUGGAGAGAAGAAUGCCCAACCACCAUGUAUGAAGUCUGGGCUCAGAACAGGAAAAUGCCAUUAACUAUGUAUCUUUAUUAUGUAGGCUGUUGAGCUGGUUGACUAUGAUGCCACACGCUGGGCCAGGAAGGACCAACAUGUCACCUGCAGGCUCCUGCAAUUGCCUUUCCCACUGCUGCAUGGCAGGAAAGGUCUUGGAAGACAGGGGGCAUGUGCCAUCAGUCCUGCCAUGCACUGGUGGGAGCUGCUUGUCACCCUGGCAGCCUGUGUGGCAGGAGGCUGCGUGUCAGUGGUGCUGCCUGCAUAAUGGGGAGGAUCCCAGGGGCCAAGCCUGCAGCCUGUGGGCUGUAAGGUGUGUAACGUAGGGGCUGCAUGCUGGUGCCACGUGCGGCCCUUGGCAGUACAGAAGUUGGACAGCCCUGAUGUAGGAUAGUCCUUUCUCUAGUAUAGUUCUCUGUUCUGCAGAGAGUUCUAUAGUUAUUUCUUCUAAUCCCCAAGCUCAGAAGAGCAGCCCUAUUCAGGUAAUGUACUUAAAUUCCUUUGGAGUGAAUAGAACUUAAGCAUGUGCUUAAAGUAAAGCAUAUGUUUAAGUGAUUUCCUCAACAGGAAGCAAUACAAGCAAGUGUUUAAGUAGCUUCUUGAAAUAGGGUUAAGAGGAUGACACAGAUACUUCUGUAAAGUUAAACAACAGAUUUAUAGACAGAGUGUGUCACUAGAGCAGCAUCUGAGCAGUGCCGCAAACCUAUCAAAAUUUUAAAGCACAAAUCCAACGAUUAACAGGAGUCUUUUGUUCAGAGAACAGCAAUUUAGGAAGCUUGAUCUGUAAAGCCUCAAAGACUUCAUUAGAAGCGUGUAAUCCUUUGUUUGUUUGCUGUGAUAAGUGUAUGCUGACAGUUCUGUGUUAGAAAACACUGCUGCUUGUCCUUGGUAGGGGGGAACAUGAAGGAUAGUAUUUCAGUGCUUGCAAAAAACAAUGUGGGGUUUUGAAAAGGGAGAAAUGAAAAGAUUUGGAUUUAGACUUGGGCAGAGAGGUUACAUGCUUGCAAUUUUGACAGGAACAUUUUUUGCAGCUUUGCAGGAUUGAUGAGAGCCUUUGAUUUCUUAUCACCUCAUUCUGUUAAGCACUCCUUCCUCUUCUAACAACAACCAAAGAAUGCUAGAGAAGAGAGUCUGUGAACAUUAGAAAUGUCCCCUUUCCUUAGGCCCCCUCUUUUUGUUCCCUGAGGUAUGGUUUUGAGAGGUAAAGCUGGGCCCGAUUCAGGGCUUUUAGACCCCAAACUUAAGAGUUAACAAAAGAUUGGAUCAUUAUUGGCUGUGUCAGCUCAGGCCCGUUUCCACAGAUAGCACUGCAGCUGCUUUAUCUGGCUUCUUACUGUGAAAGCUUCACUACUGUGCUUUGGAAACAGGAGGGGAAAACAACUUUAGGACUAUCUUAACAAAGACUUAUGAGGCAUAUUAUUUUGCUUGUUAAACCCCAAAAAGGAAAACUUUUGCACAGCAAUUUGUUAGGGUACCAGCCAGGAGCUGCAAUUCAAACAAAAUGCUGUGUGCAUUGCAUGUUAAUUUAAAAUGAAAUACUACUCUCUUUCAUGAAUGCUUGUGACAAGGGGGUGGCAUCCUGGUUUUUUUUUUUUUUUUGUUUUUUUGUUUUUUUUUAUCGUCUUCCUGUUUUAGUAGUUGCAUCAAAAGGUGGUAUUUUUGGUUGCCAGUGUUUGAAUUAAAGAUAUAGAAAAGGUUAUUUAUGUAUGCCUUUUUCUCUUCCUAUGUCUCUUCCAUUCAUUUCUUCUCAGGAAUUGGUUUAUUGCUUCAGGAAGACUAAAAGUUACCAAACCAACCAAAAUCCAACACUUUUCAGGUGGAAGUUGUUAUUUGUCCAGACUACUGGAUGUGGUGGCUUUUUUUGGCUCUGUUUCUCUGAGUUGAGUGUUGGGUGCUUCACAUACAUAAAGUUACUCACAAGUUUACAGUGUGUAGGCAGCAAAUAAGAACUUGCUGCUGUAUUAUAUUACUGCUGUGCUGUAUGUGUUCUCUCCGUGGAUUUUUUCUUUUACCUAAUCUUAGCUAUUAAAUGACACUAGCAGCAGUUAUCAGGACCUUUUAGAAGGCAGGAUGGAAUGGCAGUGUAGUAUGAUGCAUAUGAAUCUUCUGCAGUUGUUUUCUUGCUUUCUCUUGUUUUUUUUCCCCUUGGGAAAUGUCCAGCAAGAAGAGAGAAAAUCAAGGUAUUUUUCUUUUGCUGAAUCCAAGCUUUUUAACUUCCAUUUUGGUGUACUCUGCUAUUCCUUAACAAGCCGGAUAAUUACAAUAAUUAUUUUUAAUUAAACUGCUUAAUUAGAACUGUAAAGAUAAAGCCACAGUUUUCAAACUACAGUAUCUAACUUUAGAGUCUCCAGACUAUGCUUAGAAACCUGAAUGAAAGCUGUGAGAUCUUCAGAAAUUCCAGAUACCUGUAGUACAUAGUUGUCCAGGAUCCUCAGCUGACAUAAGUAGCAUAGUCAGAGCUCAGUAGUUCAGUAGUAUUGUGCCUUUUAAGACUUGGGUUUAGGUACAGGGGUUUGAAUAUUUUGGUCCCUAUUGUGCACCUGAUUUUAAUCAACCAUCUGCAAACAUUUUGUAGACACCUAUGGUAGUGUGCCCAUAGAGUGGGUAGUUAAGUGUUUCACAAUCAGCUGAAGGAAAAGAGUUACAAUAAAAGUUGGCAACAAGGAAAAAGGGGGGCGGGAACAGGCAGUGUUUAAAAAAAGAUAAAAAAGGCAUUUAAAAAAUCUAUCCAGUAAUAGUUGUUCAUAGAGCUUUUAAAAAAUGCACUUGUGGCUCAUUCUGUCUAGUGCUGAAGGAAAACUCUCCUUGACUAAAAUAGAAGUUGCAUGAAGCAAUGAGCUAUUAGGAAUAACAACAUCUAAUACACUGAAGUACUGGUACCACCAUCCAGAACGACCUCUGCCAUCUUCAUGAUGUGCAGUGUCUUAAACUACUAGUGGUGUUUGACCUUUUGGCCCCAGGGCCCAGAUGAGGGGUGUGGGGCUGGUUUGUGGGCAAAUUCAGACCCCCAUGCUAGGAUUGGGCCUCAUGCUGACUUUGACCAGUCUGCAUAGACAGAUUGGACCCUAUGCAGCCUUGACUGGCCCCUGUAUCCACAUAUUAGGCCCCAGGGCUUCAUGUCACCUCCUCCCAGUUCCCACGCACUGGCAUUGGGCCCUGGAACCCCAUACUGCCCCCACACACUGGGAUUAGACUCUGGGGCCACAUGCUACCCAUGUGUGCUGGGAUCGGGCCUCAUGCCACUUGCACCUGACCCUGUGUGCCAGUAUUGGGUCCUGUGCCUGAUACAGCACACAGGGCCAUGUUGUCUGUCCUGUGGGGCUCUCCAUGGGUCUGAACAAUUGACAGCAGGGGAGUGGUGCCAUUGCUCCCCUGUUGCAAAAUUUUUGGACCUAUGAGAAGUCCUGCAGGCCACAUGAUAUGAUAGGCUGGAUCUGGCUUGCAGGCCACAUGUUGAAGUAUGGGCAACUGGUGCCUCCCGAGUCUGGGGGGUCCUCAGAUUGCUUAUGUGGUGGUGGGGGGCGGGGGUCCCCCAGCAGCCAAUCACCAACAGAGGGAGGGUUUUGUGGCUGGUGCUUCAAGGGGGUGCAUGGCCGACCUCAGGGGGUGCACAUCCACCCGCAUGCACCCCUUACACGUCACCAAUGUGUUGAACACCUCUGUCAAACUCUUUUAGGUACUGGGAAGAAGUUGAAACAAAAGUAUGGUCUAGGAAACUGCUGUUCCUGAAGGCUGAGGAGAACCUACUAUAGAAGCACUUAAAAAAUAUUUGUUACAAUCACUCUCUUCCUAACAGCAGCUGAUUGUUGUUGAUACGCAUUGUUGGCUCCUGCAAACUAUAUUUUUACCACUGGCUCAAGGCUAUUAUGUUACUGGGCCUAAACACACAAAGUAAACCACUUUUGCUGAGACAUAACUUCUAUACUAACUAUGCUGAGGUUAAAAGUGACCUCAUUUAACUUGCAUGGUAUUAAAACCAGUGCUGUAGGAUUAUCGCACUUAAACCUCUUCUUGUUUCUAUUAAGCAUGUUAGAUUGUUUUGUUACCCUGUGCUAAAGCUAUUUGUAAGCUUAGCUGUUGCUGACCACCUCAUUUUAGUGAGUUUUAAUAAAUGUAGUCACUUCUCAUUCAACUGAGUUAAAUACUGAAAAACCCUACAUGGUUACUGAAAACUUUUCUAGCCUUCAGGGUUUUAUACAUACUUUUGGGGCUUAAUUUCUUAGGCCUCUGACUAUUGAAUAAAGUGAUGGUUGAUGACAAAGUUAAUUCCACAGUGCAGUUUGGGCAUCUCAGUCCAUCUGGUUUUUACCUGCCAAAAGGAGAAAAAGAUACAGUAAACCAGACUGUAGGAGGCAAAAAACCAGGCACAGAGUGGAACCUGGAAGAAACUGCACUGUCACUCCAUUAGACUGUAUUUACACUUCAGUGCUCAGUUUUGGCAGUGUGGGAGUGCAGCAGCAAGGCAUUUUAUGCCCUGACUCAUCUCAUGUAAGUAGCGUGUGAAAUGUGCAGGGCUACAUAGGAUAAAAGUACCAUAAAGAAAGAGAGAGAGAGACUGUGAAUGUUGAGUCAAUGGCCUAUGAAUCAUUUAUACAAUGGUCUUUCAAAUUCGAUCAGAGAUGAUCUCUCAAUAAAAUAUUGAUAUCUUUGCCACAGUGGCUACUUAGCCCUCAUCCAUUUUUAUGAAACCAUAACUGUUGUUGUUCUCAUGGGGUAACUUGUUACCCCGCAAUUCGACAUUGUUGGUCGCAUGGAGUAACUUGUUACCCCACCCACAUAAACAAAAUGGAACCAAUGACAACAGUAUAAAUGUACCAAAAACUAUUUAUUAAACAUACAGAUUGUUUGAAAGAGUAUUUAUGAUUAUUUGAAACCAAAAUAUUAUUUAACUAGAACUAUGAACAAGAUUUAAACUUUUGUUUAGAGUUUCAAAAUGUGAAUGAACAAUUUCCUAAGUCUGCAGUUCACACUGUUUUCAAACUAACCAUUACUUCAAAAAACAUUUUCCAACUGUUUUAAUAUUGCAUUCUUCACAAAGCAGCAGUGAUGUACUGAGGUGCACACAAGAAAAUUGCUUACAAUCUUUGCAUCAUUUCUGGGUUUUGCGGUCAUCUGUCCUUGGACAAAAAGCACAAUGUUCACUCAUGCUUGCAAAAGGUUCUACUGGGGUGCAUUGUGGCAAUUUGUAAUUUAGGGCAGUCAUACCAGACUUGACGGACUUAGACAGAUUAUGUGUAUCCACCAUUUCUUCAUUUUAUUUGUCCAUUGAUCAACUGCUCUCCAAGCUCCUGCAAAAAAAGCACCAUCUUCUUAAAUGUGAUCUUUGCUUCCAGUUUAUAUUGUGGCCUAUCCAAAUGAUGAGGCUGGCAAUGGCAGCCACAUCCAGCAUAUUGAAAAAUAGUGUCAUUGGCCACCUGUUGGUUUUCCGUCUGCAGGUGGUCAUACAGACUAAGUGGUCAAGGUUAUCCACCCCACCCUUGUUUUUUAUUGUAGUCAUGGAUGAUGUCUGGCUUUCUUUGCUCUCCACCCACUGACAGGUCUUGGUGCAUGCUUGACAGCAACAGCACAACUUUGGACUUCUUAGGAACAUAGGAAACUAUGGUGAGUUCCCCAUCAAAAGUAAAAAUGCAUGAAAAAGUUUCCCUUCUUUGAUUUGCUUGCAUCCCGUUUGGGAUAUUGGCCUUGUUUUUCUGAAUUGUACCCACAUAGGUCAAGUCCUGUUGUAGCAGUCUUUCUGUCAGGUCAGUACUUGUGAAGAAAUUGUUACCCACAAUAUUCCUUCCCAUCUUGUACCAGGGUUGAACCAGUUUUUCAAUAGCCUGGGUACCAAGAUUACCUUGGCAUGGAGCUUCUGGUUGCUUGCCGAGGUAGAUGUCUCCAGACAGGGGGAAUGAUGUUGCUGCAUCACAGCACCACCAAAUUUUCAAGCCACAUAUGGCAGGCUUUAAAAACUUAAAAACAUAGACCACCUUCCCAGCAACACGCUCCUAGCCACCAUGGACGUUACCAGCCUAUAUACCAACAUCCCACACCAGAAUGGCAUCCAAGCCUGCCUUACAUCUCUACAGGAACAAAAUUACAACUCAGAAUACAGACCCAAAGAUACUACUGACCUUAUACACUUCAUCCUCACACACAACAAUUUCACUUUUAAUAAUCAACACUUCCUCCAGAUGAUGGGAACAGCUACGGGCACUAAAAUGGCCCCACAGUAUGCCGACCUUUUUAUGAGCAACCUGGAAGAAGACUUCCUCAAGAACUGCACCAUCAAAACCUUGCUAUACUUAAGAUAUAUCGAUGACUUCGUCAUCAUUUGGACUGAAAACCUACAAUCUCUGACUGAGUUCCAUCAGAAAUUCAACAAUCACCAUCCUUCCAUCCAACUUUCUCUAGAAUACUCUAGCACCAACAUCUCCUUUUUAGUCAUGAUCAGUAUCCAGAAUGAUAAAAUACAGACCACGUUAUACAAGAAACCCACAGACCAACAUACAUAUCUGCACAGAACCAGCAAUCACCCUAAACACACCAAAAAAGCUGUGAUAUACAGCCAAACCCUCAUAUACCACCGAAUUUUCACUGAAGAGAACACCCAGGAUUGCCACCUCAUCAAUCUUAAAAAGGCUUUCACCCAACAAGGACACUCCUCCAGAGAGAUAGAUCGCAUAUUUGAAAGAGCCACCCGGAUACCACGUGAAGAACGGCAGUACAGAAGAAAAAACCCCACAAAUCGCACACCACUGGUUAUGACACAUCACCCCUCCCUUGAACCUGUACAGAAAAUCCUUAAACAAUUGCAACCCAUACUAGGCAGAGACCCUAUUCUUAAAAAGAUCUUGCCAGAGCCACCCAUCCUAGCCUUUAAACAAGCACCGAACCUCGCCAACCUCAUCACCAGAAGCAAACUUCCUCAAGCCCAGAACACACCAAAAGGAUCCAGACCGUGCCAUGACAAGAAAUGCAAAACCUACCAACACAUCUCCACCACCCCCACUAUUACUACACCCCACAACAGAGCCAUCAGCAUCCCUGGAUCUUACAGCUGCACCUCCAGAAAUGUAAUAUACCUCAUCCAAUGCACCAAAUGCCCUGAUGGAAGAUACGUAGGAGAGACCAAACAACAACCGCACACCAGAAUGAACGCACACUGGAAAUCUAUCAAAGACAGGAAUACCCAAUGACCUGUGGGGGCACAUUUCUCACAAGAAAACCACUCUUCAAUCUCUCAGUCCUGAUCCUCAGAGGAAACUUACACAACACUUCCCAGAGACGAGCCUAUGAACUCCACUUCAUCAACCUCCUGGAUACUAAAAAUCGUGGACUAAAUAUAGACAUUGGAUUUAUGACACAUUAUAACCUGCCUGACAUCUGACUCCCCAGGUAUCUCUCCACUUUCAUCCCCCUUCUCUCUCUUCCCGCCCCCCUCCCCAGCCUCUCUCUCACCCUUUGACUCCUCAAUCUACAUUUUCACUGACUACCUGUUUUAUAUGCAUACCAGCCCAGCUGCUGGCUUCUUUACUUUUCAUUCCAUCCAGGAAGAGGACACACCAAUUGCUGAAACUUCCUUAGCCUGACAAAGGGUUUUUGAACCCAAAAGCUAGCUUAAUAAUUAUUUUCCAACUAUUUGGGUUGGUCUAAUAAAAGAUAUCAGAUUCACCCAAGGAACCUUGUCUGUUGAUGGAAACAUUUGAAACUCAUGGUGGCAUGGAAGCAAGGAUUUAAUAGAUUUCAUAGACAUUAGGGCUGGAAGGGACCUCGGAAGAUCAUCGAGUCCAGCCCCCUGCCCAAAGGGCAGGAAGUCAGCUGGGGUCAUAGGAUCCCAGC